GUCUUCCUAAAAUCCUUUUCUUACGGUUUCUCCUAACAAAGUGUUGGAUCCAAAUUACUCUGAAGUGAGCAUUUUGACCGUGUGGGAGCUGCAUCUUAUUCUUAGCUGCCCUAAACUAAUCGCCGCUUCGCCGGAGCUGCGUCUCAGCCGUCUAUGUCAAUUGUCGAAGCUGCAUCUUAGCCACCAACCGCUAGUCUCACCUCUCAACAUCUCAGUUACUCUUUUCUCCUCUUCGCUCUACGUUUCUCUGUUUUUGUGUCAGUACGUGUGUGUGAGUGUUCCGUCUCUUGCAAGCCGAGCUUUCAAGAGAAACCCACUGCAGGCACAACCUUCCUUCGGUUUCAUUCAUUCACCACUCUGCUCCGUUUCCUUACCCUUUUAUUUUCUUUCUCUGCACCAGCGCGUGGUGGUAGUCAUGGCGGAGAAAGGAGGCAAAGGGUUCUCACUACCCAAAAAUGGAGGAAAAUCUGCCCUCAAAACGCCCCUAUCCAAGGAAGCAUCCUUGAAGGGGAAGGAUGAUAGCUCAGCAAAGGCAAAGAGAGGAAAGAAAGUUCAGUUUUGUCCAGAAGGUUCACUGGACACCAAGGUCAAUGUUCCACCGAAAUCUGGUGGGAAGAGUGACACCCCGGUUGCUAAAGGUGACUUGAACAGAGGGGGAAAAGGAGACAAGACUCUGAAUGGUGGAAAGAGUUCUGUGCCAAAAGAACCACCUCCACUGGAGCUCAGAGUUGAGCAGGAAAUUCCGAGGAAUGCUAGGUGUCUGAUGGACUGUGAGGCUGCAUAUGUUUUACAAGGAAUCCAGGAACAAAUGGCUAUCCUGUCUGAAGAUCCGACAAUUAAACUUCCCAUAGCAUUUGACAAGGGCCUGUUGUAUGGCAAAACUAGUAGCUAUUAUAGAAGUCCCCAGUCUGUGAGACGAGUUCUUGAAACUCUCGCAAAACAUGGGGUUUCUGAUGGGGAGAUUUGCAUGAUUGCCAACAUCUGCCCGGAGACCGUUGAUGAAGUUUUUGCUCUCAUGCCCUCUUUAAAGGAUAAAAGAAGCAAGCUGAGAGAACCACUCAAAGAUGUACUGAGUGAGCUAGCUAUGCUCAAGCGCCCUGACAUGAAGCCUAAUGCAAUGUGAUAAGAGGUUCCUGGCAUGGGGAGCAUGGGAAGUGCAAAUGGGGCUUCAGUUUUUAUAGAGGAAAAUUGUGCAGAAUUCGUACUGUUCUGAUCUGUGGAGGCCUAAGUUGCGCUUUUGUGCUGCAUGUGGAUGGAUGCCAUCUUUGGGAUUAUAAAAUUUUAACCUCCAGAUUUUGGAUGCCAUCUGUAACAGUAGGAAUGCACAAUUGCUGUACUUUUGGAAGCUUUGCCAAUCAAUGUAAGAAAUGAUUUCAACGUUUUGGAAAUUGUUGGGUUUGAAAGCAUGAAUUUGGAAUUGGACAAAAUUCAAAAUAAUUUUGUAUUACAUCUUAUUCAAGAUCAAAUGUAAGGCCACUCCCAACACAUUGGGAUUAGUACUUUUGAAAAAAAAAAAUUGUUUGAUGACAAAA